AUGGCUUCUAUGUCGAUGUCCCUACAUGCUGUCAAUCAUCGCCUGACUAAUAUACCCGUCACGCAAUUGCCUCCCAUUGCAUCAUGUCUUGCGACUUCGUUGAGCAAUUGCGGGGAGCUACUCUCCGCGCCGCAGAAUCAAAAGUCCAAAUCUGAGUCGGACAAUGCCGUUCAAGUUCACAAACUGAUGACCCGCCUGGCGAGCUUGCUGCAGGAUAGAUCUCCGGAAGGUCGGUGGACUGCGGUCGUGCUCGUAAAAGCCGUCGUGGAAGCCGGUCAAUGGGAAAUCCUACGGGGCUGCGAACCACUUGUUCGCGGUCUCAUUGCGAUCCUUGCGAAACCCGAUCCCAAUUCCACCAAGAAAAUGUCUAUCAUCGCUUUGACACGCAUCUUCCACCUUACCUAUCAGUACCCCACCCUCGUGCGCGAGAUCACAACCCCGUCUUUACCAAGCUUUAUCACUUCAGCUUUGAAUCUUAUCUCGGUCAAACCUUCGUCGGAGCCCAUCAGGAAGUUGAAGCCUCACAGUCCAUUCUUGGAAACCGUCCUUAAUGCCCUCGGAGAGCUGAUCGCACGGCAUCCUACUAUUUUCCGUCCAUUCUCGGCGCAGAUCCACAGUAUCCUUCAAGCAAUAAUUGGCUCGACGUCGCCUAUAUUCCCUCAGACUGCGCUGGCCUCUGCCGAACGACUGUUUAUCUCUUUGCACCAUUGCGCUCCGAAGAAUACAUCCGGGGAGGAAUGGAAGAAUGCCUCCCAGAUGACAAUAACUUCUAUUCACGGGGCUGCAGAUUACGUAUUCCGAGGGGUAGUGGAACAAUGGGAAUCUGUGGAUCCAGCUCUCCGACAAGCCUCGAGACCGCAAAACUUUAGCAGGGAAGUUAGUGAUGGGGGGCUAGAUACUUUGGGGCUCGCAGGUUGGCAGGGUCUUGACUCAGGUGUGAACAGACUUGUUGUACUCCUUCAAAUGCUCUCUACCUGCCUUACCACUGCGACGGCUUCUAUGGUCCCCAUUCCGAUAGGUCACAUACUGGAUCUAACAUCGCGACUGACUGCCGUGGUUAUUCCCUCCGAUGGACGAGAUAUCCAAGCCAACCCGCAGAUUAGCCGUUCGGAAAGGGAGCAUCUGUUCGCUGAACUUCCUCGUAUCCACGUUGCCUGCAUGGAGCUCCUUCAAACCCUUGUAAAGACUCUCGAGACCGGCGCUAUUCCCGUGACACAGACGAUUUUGGAGCAGACUCUCUGGGUCUACCGCGCGGAAAAAUUCAGUCGAGAAAUCCGCGUUUCCGCAUAUGACCUCGUUCAGACCCUGCUCACCCGCAUGGGUCCAUCGUUGACAAAACAAAGCCUCACUUCUCUUACUGAUUUGAUCCGAGCUUCAUGCCAUGAUCUUUUGCCUCCCACGCACGGUCAGAGCGCCUCGGCGAGAGCAUCAUCUGACGCGAAAGGCAAAGCCAAGUCCAAUCAUACUACAGCAAACGCUGACUCCUUCCUCAACCCCAUGUUGAAGCAAGGCCGCCAGUCUAAUAUGUCGUCUUUCUCUAACCUUACAAGAGCCGCAUCAGAGCUACUAGCUGGUGUGCUUACACACGCUCCGACCGAAUACUUGUCUCCUUCGCUCCGAGCUGAAAUUGAUCGGACGAUCAUCUUAACAUCUGAUAAGCACACUAUGCUUGCCAGUGUCCUUAAUCCUGUCCCUGCUGUAAAGGGUCGCGGAGUAAGCGCCAGUAUCCUGCCAUUCUUAGCCCGGAGCUUCCCUGCGGAGAUGGAGGUGGAGGCUCUCAUCAAACCUAGGAUGCCCGUUUUGACGAAUGCCCCCGGUAUUGGUGGAUAUGCUGAUAUGGAGGAGGACGAGGAAGAAGACUCGCCUGCGCCUGUUUCUGGGACAGCCCCUGAAAGCACUGGAUUUCUCCAGCCGUCAUCCACUCCUAUCCUACACCACGACAUGAUGGACACGGAUGUUUCCCAUAAGGCCGCCCCAGCCUUAACCAAACGCAGCCUUGCGGAGGACAGCAAACCGCAGCUCCCGACACUCGGUUCGACAGGAAGCCAGCCAUCGUUAGACAGAGCAUCCCCCUCGACGUUUACCGGUACCGCUGCUGUCUCCGUUCCUUCGUCCUCAGCCAACGUUACAUCAGCUCCACCUCCUCGUGUUGCUAGCAUGAAUGCACCAUCUACAGCAACCGUGGGCGGUCCACUAUCAGGCUCAGCCGUCGCACAGACCACCUUGGCAGAUACUGGAGAGGAUGACAGCGAGGAUGACCUGCCAGCAUUGAACAUCGACCCAGACACGGAAGACGAAGAUGAGGACGAGGAUGAGACCAUGGAGGGCUAA